GAGGGAGACCAGCGGCGGCGGCGCCCCGGAGCCGAGGGGACGCGCGGGCCUCGCGCCGCGGGAGCUGACGGCUGCGGAGGAGCCCCGGGGCUGGCCGCCCGCGGCGGGAGAGCUCGGCCGGCGCCCGUCCGCCCCAGAAGCCGCCGGCCGCGUCCCUCGCCCGGAGUGGCCGCCGCCCCUGGAGACUCGCCGUGACACGGGCCUAAGCCGCGGCGGCGGCGUCCGGACCGCUCGGACCCGUCGGGCCGGGCCGGGGCCGGCGCCCGGCUAGUGCCGCCCCCCGAGGGCCGGCCGCGGGCCGGGAGCCCCCGCGCCCCGCGCGCCCCGCGGGCCGGACUCGGCGGGAGGGGCCGCCCGCGCCGCCCCCCCACCCCGGGCGGGAGCUGGAGCCGCGCCCCGCCUUCCCGGGCCGCAGCGGCGGGAGCCGGCCGAGCCCGCGCCGCGGAGCAGGGCGGAGAAACUUUGCUUUUUAUUGUUGCUUUUAGUCCUCAAGUCCGAGGAACUCCGUGAGGAGGAAACAUGUCCUUCUUCAAUUUCCGUAAGAUCUUCAAGUUGGGGGGCGAUAAGAAGAAGAAGCAGUAUGAGCAUGUGAAGAGGGACCUGAACCCCGAGGAGUUUUGGGAAAUCAUCGGGGAGCUGGGCGACGGCGCCUUCGGGAAAGUGUACAAGGCCCAGAAUAAAGAGACCAAUGUUUUAGCUGCUGCAAAGGUGAUUGACACCAAAUCUGAAGAAGAGCUUGAAGAUUACAUGGUGGAGAUAGAUAUAUUAGCGUCUUGUGAUCACCCCAAUAUAGUCAAGCUUCUAGAUGCUUUCUACUAUGAGAACAAUCUUUGGAUCCUCAUUGAAUUUUGUGCAGGUGGAGCAGUGGAUGCUGUGAUGCUUGAACUUGAGAGACCGUUAACUGAAUCUCAAAUACAAGUAGUUUGUAAACAGACUUUAGAGGCAUUGAACUACUUACAUGAUAAUAAAAUCAUCCACAGAGAUCUAAAGGCUGGCAACAUUCUUUUUACCUUAGAUGGAGAUAUUAAAUUAGCGGAUUUUGGUGUAUCAGCUAAAAACACAAGGACGAUUCAAAGAAGAGAUUCUUUUAUUGGCACACCAUAUUGGAUGGCUCCUGAAGUGGUCAUGUGUGAAACGUCUAAGGACAGACCUUAUGAUUACAAAGCUGAUGUUUGGUCCCUGGGUAUCACUUUAAUAGAAAUGGCAGAGAUUGAACCACCUCAUCAUGAAUUAAAUCCAAUGCGAGUGUUGCUAAAAAUAGCAAAAUCUGAACCACCUACAUUAGCGCAGCCAUCAAAAUGGUCUUCAAAUUUUAAGGAUUUUCUAAAGAAAUGCUUGGAAAAGAAUGUGGAUUCUAGGUGGAAUACAUCUCAACUACUGCAGCAUCCCUUUGUUACUGUUGAUUCCAACAAACCAAUCCGAGAAUUGAUUGCAGAGGCAAAGGCUGAAGUAACAGAAGAAGUUGAAGAUGGUAAAGAGGAAGAGGAUGAUGAGGAAACAGAAAAUUCUCUGCCAAUACCUACAAGUAAACGUGCCUCCUCUGACCUUAGUAUUGCUAGCUCUGAAGAAGAUAAACUUUCACAGAACACUUGUAUUUUGGAAUCUGUCUCUGAAAAAUCAGAACAUAAUACUUCUGAAGAUAAAUUUAAUAGCAAAGUUCUUAAUGAAAAACCCAUCGUCGAUGAAUCAGAAAAAGCUAUGGAGGGUACUCAUGAACAUGUUAACAAUAAUCAUUUAGAAACUAUGUCUGCACUCCAUCAAGAAGGAACAAUUAUUAAGGAAAAUGGGAGAGAGGAGAAGAGACCCAAGCUUGAAAGUCUACCUGUUACAGAAGACCAAGCAACUGUGCACAUUAAUUCAGUUAAUGAAGAAAAAGAGAAUAAUAUAGUGAUAACUUUAGAAACAAAUAUUGAACAGACUCUGAAACCUGAGGAAGAAAGGGAUCAGGAAAAGCAAAGGAUGUUUGAAAAUAAGGUUAUAACAUCUGAAGAAAUUAAAGAUACUACUGUCCAAACAGUGGAUUUAUUUUCUCAUGAGACUGGAGAAAAAGAAGCAGAUAUUCAGGCAAUUGGUAAUGAAGUGGAGCUUACAAAGGAAGAUACCCAAGAGAAAUUGGGAGAUGACAAAAUUCAAAAAGAUGUGAUCAGGGAUGCAAGUGAUGCAAUAGGAACAAGUGAGGCAGUAAAUGUUGCUCAGGAGGCAGCUGAAAAUAAUGCUGAAGAUGCUCAGAGUAGUGAUGGGGAAGGAGUGGUUGAAGUAAGUGAGGAAUUAGUCAGUAAGUCCAUGGAGGGUCCCAAGGUCUGGGGUACUGAGGAAGUUCCUACUAAAGAAAUUGUUGAAAUUAAGGAGAUAGAUCAAAAAUCUGUAGAAGGUAGAAGUGAGGAACAAUUAAUCAACAGUUCAGAGAACAUUGUGGAGAGCAGUGAGGAACCAGGAACAAAUGAAGUUGCGGCAAUUACUGAGUCAAGUAGCACUGAAGAAAUAGAGGUCAGAAGUGCUGUGAUUCAUGCUGACCAGAAGGCUGUAGGAAGUGAAACUCUGGAUGCUCAUAAAGCUACUACUCAGAUAGAUACAGAGCAAAAAGAAAUUCCAUGUGAAGUGCCAAUUAAAAUAGAACCCCAAGUUACUGCUGCUUCACAACCCGGUGAACCUCAGCUUGUUCCAAUACCCAUUAUUAAUAUCAACCCCGAAGAUGCAGAAAAUAAAAGGGAAACAAGUGCUUUAUCAAAAACUGAAGCCAUCUUGCCAGAAUCUGAGAAUCAAAAGGAAAAUGAUACUGAUUCAGGCACCGGGUCCACUGCUGAUAAUAGCAGCAUUGACUUGAAUUUAUCCAUCUCUAGUUUCCUAAGCAAAACUAAAGACAGUGGAUCCAUAUCUUUACAAGAAACAAGAAGACAAAAGAAAACAUUGAAGAAAACACGCAAAUUUGUUGUGGAUGGUGUUGAAGUGAGUGUAACAACAUCAAAGAUAGUUACAGACAGUGAUUCCAAAACUGAAGAAUUGAGGUUUCUUAGACGUCAGGAACUUCGGGAAUUAAGAUUUCUUCAAAAAGAAGAGCAAAGAGCCCAACAACAGCUCAAUAGCAAACUUCAGCAACAGCGAGAACAAAUUUUCCGGCGCUUUGAGCAAGAAAUGCUGAGCAAAAAACGACAAUAUGACCAAGAAAUUGAGAAUCUAGAAAAGCAGCAGAAACAGACUAUUGAACGUCUAGAACAAGAACACACAAAUCGCUUGCGAGAUGAAGCAAAACGAAUUAAAGGAGAACAGGAGAAAGAAUUGUCCAAAUUUCAGAAUAUGUUAAAGAAUCGAAAGAAGGAGGUUAUAAAUGAAGUGGAGAAAGCACCCAAAGAGCUGAGAAAAGAGCUCAUGAAACGCAGGAAAGAGGAGCUUGCACAAAGCCAGCAUGCUCAGGAACAAGAGUUUGUUCAGAAGCAACAACAAGAAUUGGAUGGCUCUCUGAAAAAGAUCAUCCAGCAGCAAAAGGCAGAAUUAGCCAAUAUUGAGAGAGAGUGCCUGAACAACAAACAGCAGCUCAUGAGAGCUCGAGAAGCUGCAAUUUGGGAACUUGAAGAACGACACUUACAAGAAAAACACCAGUUGCUGAAACAGCAACUUAAAGAUCAGUAUUUCAUGCAAAGACAUCAGCUGCUUAAGCGCCAUGAGAAGGAAACGGAACAAAUGCAGCGUUAUAAUCAACGACUUAUUGAGGAAUUGAAAAACAGACAGACUCAAGAAAGAGCAAGACUGCCUAAGAUUCAGCGAAGUGAAGCCAAGACUCGAAUGGCCAUGUUUAAGAAAAGUUUGAGAAUUAACUCAACAGCCUCACCAGACCAGGACCGUGACAAAAUUAAACAGUUUGCUGCUCAAGAAGAAAAGAGACAGAAAAAUGAGAGAAUGGCUCAGCAUCAAAAACAUGAAAAUCAAAUGCGGGACCUUCAGUUGCAGUGUGAAGCCAACGUGCGAGAGCUACAUCAGCUGCAGAAUGAGAAAUGCCACCUGCUGGUUGAACACGAGACUCAGAAGCUAAAGGAGCUGGACGAGGAGCACAGCCAAGAGCUGAAGGACUGGAGAGAGAAGCUGCGGCCCAGGAAGAAGACACUGGAAGAAGAGUUUGCCAGGAAGCUGCAGGAACAGGAAGUAUUCUUUAAAAUGACCGGGGAGUCUGAAUGCCUUAACCCAUCAACACAGAGCCGGAUUUCCAAAUUCUAUCCUAUUCCUAGUUUGCAUUCCACGGGAUCAUAGCAAUGGAACAAAUGCAUUCUGUGGUUGAUUUUGGUGUUUGAAAUAAGUCAUUCUAUCCUUUCAUCUUCUGCCACAGUCUAUGUAAGAGAGCUCAUGAAGACAAUCACCUCCCUCACCUUUUAGGUGUUUUUUGUUGUUUAUUAGCAAAGAUGAAGGGAAAGGAACCAAGACAGAUGCUGGGCCAUGUUGGCAAAAAAGCAUCGUGCAGUAAUUCCCUAAGGUAAUAUUGUAUAUUACUUUUAAAAAUUACAGUUCUCUAGAGAUUGUUACCUGAAAAACUGUUAGAGAUACAAUGUUUAAAGUUAUUUAAAAAGAAAACUGUUACAUUACUAAGUAUUACUGAAUAUCAUUUUUAUCUGACCUAACUUGUCAAUAAUGCUUAAAUUCUAUAAUUGAAACUCUGCUGUAAAGAGCUGGAAUAAUUUUCUUUUGGUGAAUCAGCUCUCACGGAAAAGCCAUGAGUUGCUCAAAAUACGAUAUUGAUUCAGUAAAUAAAUACAGUUUAUCUUUAAAUAGCAACAACUUCUUUUAAAAAGAAAAAAGUUAUUUCAAUAAUUUGUCUAAAAUAACCACUUGUUUAGGCAUGAACUGUAAUUAUGGUGCUAGUUUUAUUAAAAUAAUGCCUAAAACACUAAAUUUCAACCUAGUCUAAAAUAGGAUUUUCUUUUUUGAUUCAGCAGUAACAAAAUACCCAUAACAUUAAGCAUUAUCAUGUUUUUCCUAAUCCAUUUAAUAGAAAUUUUUAUCCUAAAAUAUAUACAGUAUAAAAUUGGAAAGAUGAAAGAAAAAAUAACCUAAAGGUGUCCAAAUUGGAAAUGAGUCACCAAAUUAGUAGUAAAGAUUUAGCUGUCCCAGCUUAUUUCAUAAAAUAAUACGUGAGUUGGUUAAAUGACUAUUCACCUGAACAAAUUAUGUUCAUUUAAAAUUCUCUCAGGGGCCUACAGGCUCUGACAUGUAUUUAUAAGUGUAUUUUCUGAAAUUAAUCUAAAAGAGUCAUUUGUUCAGAAUACUUUUUCAAAAAGAAUUUAAAUAUUUAGGCAAAUGUCAGAAAUCACUGCUGUUUUGAAAUAAAAUCCUUUAUAUUUUGGUUUUAUUUUGUUCCAUGUUUAAAUUAUUUACUUUGAUAUGAGUGGGAUAAGCCUGAAACCUUUAUCAUGUGAUUGCUGAUAUGUGUAACUAUUAAUGAAAUGAAUGUUCACUUUUAGCCUCUCCUGAGGCUUAGAAUUUCAAGCACGUGUCAGGUCAAACAGUAUUAUAAACUGUACUUUGGUGUGUAAGGUGGCACAUUGGUAAAUGAUUCUUGCUACCUGCCCUUUGCAACUUAGUCUCUUUUAAGAGUACUAGGUACCAACUUGUAGAAGUUUCAGUUUUUAGUAAUAUUAUGUUUGAGAUUGGUGAGAAUUUAAGUGUAAUUUUGUGAGAACACUGAUUCAUUAAGAAAAUGUAAAUAUCUGUAGCACUUUCUUGCAGUUAAUUUGAAAACUUUGGAUGCCGAACCUUUUUUGCCAGUCAUUUAAAUGAUUUAAAAAUGCAUGUGUGAUUUUAAUUUUGUAAUUAUUUGACAAAUAAUUUACUUGGAAAACUUUGUAGGUAGCCUUAACUUUGGUCAAGUUUUUUUUUUUUUAAAUAUAAAUAUAUAUAUACACACACAUAUAUAUAUAUAUAUAUAUAUAUAUAAAACGUAUGGUUGUAAAUUCAUACACUUAUCACAUGGCUGUGUUACUGUAUACAAGACUCUUAAUGCUUUAUUCUCAAAAGCUGGGUUGAAAAAUGUUUUGAAAGCCCUUUAAAAUGUGUAUCUUUAUAAAGUAAUAUUCAGGAUAAUGAUGGAAAUUGUUUAUAUUGUUACGAUAAAAAUACCCAGUGUAUUUAAUGAUUUAUUUUAAGAGGGAGAGAAGAGGAAUGUUCUCAUACCACUUUCUUAGUUGAAAUUUUCAGUUUAUCAGUUUUUUAAAAAUAAUGUUUCAAGCAGUAGACAAUUUUUCAGUAUCAUUUAAAUGAUCUCCUGAAUGCUAAAUUGUUUGGCACAUAAUUUGUUCUGAACAUUUGAUUCUUUUUAUUUCUUUCAACUUGACAUUCGGAGUACUGAAUAAAGGAAGAUACUCAGAGUAGUAUAGUUGACAUUCUGGUAAGUUUAUUAGCAAACCUUGCAUCUCCCUUAAAACUGCCCUUUGGAUUCAGUGUUUGUGCUUGAGUUCUCUUUCAAAUAUGACCAUAUUUAUGUGGAUGCAGGACUACAAAAUGAUACAUAUGUAGAGGUGAAAUACUCAUUUUAAUACUUAAAGUUACGUUUUUUCAGCAAGUGUUUUGUUAUAGAAAAUAUGCUGUGUGCCUGUCUCUGCCCACUUCUUGUUAGGCCAUAUAUUCAAAUAGGUAAUAGUGAUCUUGCAUGAAAUGGGAUGGGGAGUAGAGAAGGGGCACAAAUUUCUUUGAAAUCAGAGUAUAGUCAAAUCCAUUCCUGAUUUGGUUGUUUCGUUGCCAUGGCAGCAUGCAAGAAAUGCAGAAAAGAAAUUCCCCAUAUGUGCACCCUAAUUACUCAGCCUCCCCUCUUCUCCCUGCAUGCUGUGAAAACACCAGACCACCACACUGCAGGUCUAGCUCACAGAGCUUCUUGUACCAGGUUGCCUUUCCUAUCCUGUCAAUCCAUAAUUGGGUGUGAAUUGCUGAAUUAGCUGCUAUUCUAUAUGGAGUCACAAUUAAGCUUUUCCUUACCCUUUUCUAUGGGGAAGCUGUAGGGUGGGUAAGGAGGAAAUUUAGAGUGCUUUUAUUUUGCUGAUCAGAACUUUCCUUUGACAGGAUACAGCAAAUUGUAAUUAAGUAUAAACCAGAACCAGAGCUACCUCUAAGUAGUGUUUCCUCAAGCACAAAGCUCUCAGGCAUAUGAGACCUUCUUUAAUGGAGGGUCUCUGAUUUCUUGAGCAUCAGCGAGUUUCAGAAGUGACUGUCUUUUAUACUCUUCUAGUUCCCUUGUAACUACACACUUUCUCCCAUUCCACACUGUGCUUAAAUGACAAAGACUCUUCCAAGAAGCCAAAUUCUGUCAAAAGAUUAGCUAGAGAUAAAGUCCAUUAAAGGAAAACUUAGAACUGAGGUGGAAGAGGAGAGUUAGUUCCAGUUCUAAUAGUCUUCUGAUUAAAUAAAUACAUUCUUUCUUGAGAAAUGAUCUUUUAUAGGAUAUGGGACAUUUUAAAUGUUUUUCUUCAGUUGAAGGCACAACAGUUAAUGCCUCUAUUAUUGCUAUUCUGUGUCAGACAUGGUUUGAUAUAGCUUUAAAUCUCUGCUACUAAGCUUGGGAUAAAAUGUUAUACCAGUUUUAAGUGUUGGCUGCAGCUUUUUGUGAUCCUUCUCUGAUUUGCAGUGUAUUAUCUUCACAAGUAAAUUUUCAGAAAGAAUUUUUGUUUCAUAUUAUGCCUCUUGUCUGUUUGGUAGCAACAUGUCUUUUCAAUCAUGAGAUUGACAAAUGAAAAAUAAAGUUAUUUCUUAAUCAUUU